UUACACGUAUUUCAUGGUCUUGGACCCGAUGAAAUGGUUUUUGACAAAUUUGUUGUUUUACUUGCUCUAUCCGCUGGUGGCUUCUCGGCAGCUGUGGAAGAUGCAACCGGACAAAAGCCGGAGAUAACCUCGGACACAUGGCUGUUACAACAUGGUUUGAUAACAAAUAAUCAAAAAGUAAACCAGCUUCAUACGCGUAUAGAAUACUUUGAGUCGCGAGAGGAUGAUAUUCUCAAACGAAUGGAGCAUCUCGAAACAUUAGAUAAGAAUAUUUUUCUGCAAAUGAAAAGCCUAGAGACACAAGAAGAGAAUUUUCUGAGACGCCUUGAAAAUCUAGAGAUACGAGAGAAAGAAAUUGUAAACCGCUUAAAACAUAUUGAGAUACAGGAAGAUGAAAUCAAUGGUCGCAUGGAAUAUCUUGAGACUCGAGAAAAAGAAAUACGUAUGCGAUUGAAUCAUCUUGAAUCACAAGAAAACGAGGCUCUCUCGCGGAUGGAACAUCUUAUGUCACGAGACAUUAAUCUCAGCGGACGUAUGCAUACCUUAGAGGCACACGAAAAAAAGAAAACUAUGAAGGAUGAGUCUAUAAUGAGGCAAAAUGACAAGGUAGUAGAAACGUUGCUGAAGAACCCCAGUGAUGAAGAAGAAAGCAUUGCUCCAAGAAAGAACAAAGACAUGCCUGUUGUCGUACGAGAUAUAAGACAAGCACCAAAUAUAAAACAAAGGGUUCGACGAGAUCAAACUUCACAGGCUUUUUUUGCAACCCUCAGCAGUGAUAUACACCAUGCAGGGGUUCAUCAGAUUUACGUAUUUGACAACGUUAUCACAAAGAUAGGCCAUGGCUACAAUAACCAUAACGGCAAUUUUGUCGCGCCCAUGGACGGAACUUAUGUUUUCUCCGCUACACUUAUGUCUAUGUAUAACAGGAAUACCCAUGCCGCGUUCGUCCGAAAUGGGAGACCUGUUAGUUAUAUGUACCUCACCGGAAGUGCCUCUGGGCAUGCAACAGCUAGUCAGACUAUCAUACUUCAGUUACAUCAAUAUGAUGAUGUAAGCAUCCAUAACCUAGAUAUUGACACCACCCUGGCAGGAUCACACUAUAGUGUGUUUUCGGGAUAUUUACUCUACGAGGGAUAUCCUAGUCCUCCGGUUGUAGGGAAAUAGUAUAAAUUGAACUUGAUGAAUAUACAACACUAUAAUAAAAAUUAUUAUUUUCAUAAUGUAAUAAUGGUCGUGAUAUUAUUUCAAAACUUUAUAGUAUAAUUGGUCAUAUUCUUGAAAUUGACAAAAUCUCGUUCAUAUUUUGAUAGUGAAAGAUUUAUUGACAUAGAUAACAUUUAUUUCUAAUGAUACUCUACUAAAAAGAUAAAAAAGUACAAUAAUACACGUUUGAGCGAAAUAUGCAAAUGUGAUUAAUCGUGAAAGUACCUUAAUAUCAAGUAACAUUUCUAAAUGAAAUGAAGUUUGUAAACGAAAAUAGAAAUUAACACAACAUUUUGUAUCUUAAGUCGUAAGACAAUAAUUUAAAAGACAAAAUGAUAUGCCGAGGAAUAGUUCGCGGGAAUUUUGAAGAAGGGAGUCUACCAUUUUCUCCUGAAUGUUUUUCUUUUUUGGGUCAUAUUUGUGAUACAGGUGUGAGGGGUGUUCCAAAAUAAAUGUUA